UAUAGCUAAAUGUAUAGCUCGUGCGUGAUUUGUUCAUGUUCUCGUGGUCGUUUUACGUGUGGAACAGCUUCCAUCGUGACUGAGAGGCCUGACUGACUUCGACCUGACAAGGGUGGGAAAUGAGUAACGCCCCAGCAUGUCAAACAGAAGCAAGCUUGUCGCCACCUCAAAAACUUUGUAGCGCCGAUGAAGUCGUCAGGGAGCCCAACGAAGGCGACUCCUACCCUGAUGACCCCGCGGAACCAUCUGAGGAAGUUGUAGCAAAAGAUGGCACAACUGUCAACGAUGCCAGAGAAAUGUUAAAUGAGCGCCGGCUACCAGAGAACAAUGACGAGGUGGAUCGCAAGGACUCGGAAAUUCAAAAACUUCGAAACGAGGUCGCUGUAUUGACGGAACAACUUGAACGGAUGAAGCGUCAUUACGCGGAGCCGUUGCAUCAGAAAACGUUGGAAUUAGCGGCGCUACGAAGAGAACAAGGGACUCAAAGCGAGGAAGUAUACAGGCUCACUCAAACAGUCUUUAUAAAGCACGAAACUAUUGAGAACCUCAGGAAAGAAUUGCACCAGGCGCACGAGCAGCACUCUGCCGCUGAACGGUCUCUAAAAGCGUCCUACGAUGAUCUGUCAGACGAAUACAACAAGAUGAGCAUCUUGCUUGCUGACUAUGAAGCGAGGGAGCUCGAACUUCAUGGCCGUUUGGAGUACGAAAUGACGCUACGCAUUUCAGCGGAAGAAAACUUUGAAAGGCUGCGUGCAGGAACCAGGAAGGAAGUUAGACCAAAGGAAUCGGGGACAGAACUCCAGGUGCGACGUCUAGAUGAUGCGAUAGGCGACGUCGAUUCAGAUGUGCCGAAAAUGUGCGAAAAUAAUGCGACAGCAAAGAAAUGCUCUGCAGGCCACGAUGUGGUACAGCGACGCAGAGACUCUGAGGAAACGCUGCAGCGAGCCCGGUGUUUGAGCCCAGAAAAUCCUUUACUGCAAGACGAUAAGGCACGUGCAACCGUGAGCAUGGAAGACUAUUUUCCGCUGACCAUUCAGGAUACGGCAAAUCGCACGGAGACGUCAGCUGAUUCGAACAAAGAAGUUUCAGACGAAUAUAAUGAACUCAACAAUUCUAUGCUUAGUAGCGGGAGGCGGUACGACGAAAAGGGACUUCCGUUCACGGCGUUCACUCCGGCAUGUAGCUCUGGGCACGACCCCACGGAGGAGGCAGGAGCUCCAGAAGUCCAGGAAGGGAACGAAGAUAUGCAAGACAUGCUCUCCAAGAGCAGUGAAGAAAGCGUUUUCGCGGUGGCUCCCGUGGAAGCUAACAAUGUUUUUCUGUCUUCGGCAGUGGAGGACCUGAAUUACAGGUGCGCAGCCGCUGAACAAAAGCUGCAAGAUUUCAAGCUGUAUCACAUGCAAGUAGUCGGAAAUCUCUUGGAAGAGAAGUAUACGAUUGAAAAGUCUCAUAACCAAGCCCUGGCUGAGACUGUAGAUCUCCAGCUGACUUUAGAAUCAGCAAAUGCGCAACAUGCUGUAGAUCUUGCUGAGAAGCAAGCUAACGUUCAAUACGUUGCCGAGGAACUUGCAGAAGCUCGUGAUGAGCUGCGAAAUCUGUCGAAAAACGCAUUACGUCUUAAUAGGGAACUGACUGCGAAGCAAGCCGAGCUAGAGGAAGCUCGGAAAGACCUUGCUGCUUGGAACGAGUCUUCUCCUGUGAUCCUUCUUCACUACUAUCUGAUCAAGAGCAAACUGGAGUCCUUGUGUGCACAGCUCAAAGUAUGGAAAGCAUCCGCAGCUUCACAGUUAGAGGAAGAAGUUGCGCAGACGAAAGCUGUGACGACAAAGCUGGAAGCUGCGCAGGAAGAGAUCGACCGAAUGACAAAAGAACGAGGCGACGUAUCUGCAAAGAUUCAGGCGCUCCAGAUGCAGGUGGCAGAGCUUACGGGUAGACUUGCUGCCGCUGAAGAGCAGAAAGAAUACUUGGAGCAUGAGGUCAAUAGGGCGAUACGUUCCAAUCAAAGCAACGAACAGGAACGGGUGCUUCUGGAAAGUGAACUGUCGAUUCUCCGAAAGCGUUUACGGGAGCAGGAGCGGAAUAGUGCCAAUGAGCUCCACACCGACGUAAGGGAACUGGAAGCACAGGUAGCAAGUCUGAAGUUAGACUUGGAACAAUCCCAGGCAGAAGCGACAGAAGCGUGGACGCACCUCGAGGACUCUUAUGAACAACUCCGUCAGUCGAGGGCAUUCAUCGCUUGGCUACACGCACGCAUGCGUCGGUACAAGAACCGACUCGCAGAACCGGAACAGAGAAUGUGCGACGACGACAUUGUCGGGGAGCAGCCUACGACGUCUGAAACUGGAGAUUCUACCCUAGAUGCAUUUCGUGGAACCUCUGUGGUGACAUGCGCCAAGCUCCAGUGCAGACCCCCACCUGAAAGGCGCUAUACCAUAACAGCAUCUGCUGCGCAUUCAGUUGGGACAUCCACAUCAGUGGAGAACACGCCGACAACGUUAACGAAGCUUUUAACCAGCCCCGAACGGACCAGAUCUGCGUUCAAUGUAGCGCCAAUUCCGAAGAGCCUUCAACCUCAGCGAGUGGCGAGACUCCCAGUUACGUCAAAGGUUGAAGCCAGAUCUUCGUCGCUGCUAGCGCGCAGGAGAUUGCAGGCACGUGCGGUACAAACUGCUUCAUCGCCGAUGAUGUCUCCGUACGGAACUCCAGAGAGGACACGGUCACACGGUCGAACCCCUUCAGGGACAAGGGAAGAAACUUGCGUGCGACAGGUACCUUCCACGCACCCCAAGAAUCAGGACGACCGUGAUGUAUAGUAGAAAUAUAUUUCAACUACAUAUUAGAUAUUUUAAGCUUUGAGUCGGCGACGUGGCUGUAUUUAUUUAUUGUUUGUAUUUACAGAACACUCGCCUAUGCAUUAUUCGAAUCCAAUUAUUCUGUAGAUUACAUUUUCCGUCGAAUGGAAUCUGAUUUGACACUUCACUAGUGCUGCUACAGAAUAAAAAUAACUCACAUAGGAUGUGUUACAGAAUAACGUGAGAAUACGUGUACAACACAGGC